AUGAUCAUGGAUGAAAGGUGGAAAACAUACAAAGGAGAUGGAAAAAGUGUCGUUGAUAGUAAAGCUCGUGAAGUGAAGCACUGCAUUGUUGAUGACCAGUGGUGGGAUACGCUUGACUAUCUAUUGAAUCUCACUAGACCUAUCAUAGAUUUUAUACGGGCUGCUGAUACGGAUUCUCCUAUUCUUCAUCUUGUAUACGACAUGUGGGAUUCGAUGAUAGAGGAAAUCAAAACUGUUGUUUUCAGGCACGAGGAGAAAGAUUUGCUCGUUGGUCAAUCUGCCUUUUUUGAUGCCAUUCACGAAAUUCUGGAGGAGAGAUGGAACAAAAGCAAUACCCCGUUGCAUUGCCUAGCACAUUCCUUUGUGCCGAAAUAUUAUACCGAUUCCUGGCUUAAAGAUGGAGAUGGUGUCCAAAGGUUGGCACCACAUGAGGAUCAAGAAGUCUCAAUGAAUAGAGUGAAGUGUUUCAAGAGAAUUUUCGAGGAUCCAAAUGAUCUUAGAAAAGUGUGUAUGGAAUACGGGGAAUUUUCCAGUGCAACUGGAUUAUUUAGUGAUUCUUUCAUUAAAGAGGCAAGGGUGUUCGAAGAACCAAUCUCGUGGUGGGCUAACUACGGAUCGAGAGCAAAGUUUUUGCAAUCUUUGGCCUUCAAAUUACUUUCGCAGCCAACAUCGUCAUCAUGUUGUGAAAGAAAUUGGAGUACAUACUCGCAGAUCCAAAAUUUGAAGAGGAACAAGCUAACGAGUUCAAGAGCCGAGGACUUGGUUUAUGUCCAUACCAACAUGAGACUCUUGUCAAGGAAAAAGAAUUCAUAUAAGGAAGGACCUUCACGAUAUUGGGACAUUUGUGGAGACAAAUUUGAUAUUGAUAGAGAUAUGAACCAGCUAGCCGAUCUUUCCAUCAAUGAACCGGAAUUAGAAACUAUUACAUUUGACAAUUCUUUGGAUAUGGAGAAGGACGGAAAUGAUGAGUAG